CCGAGCCGCCGGUACCCGGUCUGACUUCAAUCGCGGCUCGAAACCGCUCCCAUUCCGGCAUCUCCUCACCCGCACACCGCCUCCUCGUUACCUCAUCUCCAUCGACAGACCCUUCACCAAGUCCAGUCGCAGAGGGAGGGAAGAGAGACAAAUGGGGUUUCACCUGCUGUCUCCAAGCUACUGCUGCGGCUACCAAGCUUCGCCUCCAAUCUCUCAUGGCCUCCUCCGUUUCAGGCCCGUUACCGGCAUCCCUAAGCCCAGUCCGCAGAAAGGGCAGUUACACCAAUCUCGAAGAGCUUCCAAAGUUUUGGCCUACUAUGGCCUUACAACCCCUCCAUAUAAACUAGAUGCUUUGGAACCAUACAUGAGCCAGAGGACUCUGGAAUUACACUGGGGAAAACAUCAUAGAGACUAUGUGGAUAGUUUGAAUAAGCAGCUUGUGAAAAGCCCAUUAUAUGGCCACACCAUGGAGGAAUUGAUUAAAGUGACAUACAACAAUGGCAACCCGUUACCAGAAUUCAACAAUGCUGCUCAGGUCUGGAACCAUGACUUUUUCUGGGAGUCAAUGCAAUCAGGUGGUGGAAAAUUGCCUCAGGGAGGUGUGCUCCAGCAAAUUGAAAAGGAUUUUGACUCAUACUCUAAUUUUAGAGAUACGUUUGUAGAGUCAGCCAUGGCGCUAUUUGGAUCUGGUUGGGUGUGGCUUGUCUUGAGAACGGAAGAAAAAAAGCUCUCUGUUGUUAGAACAUCAAAUGCCAUUUGUCCGCUCGUAUGGGGUGAUAUUCCAAUCAUCGGUCUGGAUAUGUGGGAGCACGCAUACUACCUAGACUACAAGGAUGACAGAGAAAAAUACAUAAACACCUUCAUGGACAAUCUUGUGUCCUGGCAUGCAGCUACAGUACGCAUGCUUCGUGCUGAGGCAUUUGUAAAUCUCGGGGAGCCCAAGAUUCCAGUUGCAUGAGAUGUUUAACUAUCUACUUCUUUGUGAAAAUUUCUCUUCAACAGGUGAGGAUGAAAAUGUUCGGGCCAUUCGCUGACCUAUCGAGUAUUCUCGUGAAGACACGUCGAGCUUUUGGUAGAAAAUAAACUGAAGGUCGUAUGUAAAGUAUGGAGAAAGUGCACCGGCUCCCAUACCACCUAGACUUCCAGAAAUGCAUUGAUUCCUGUAUGUUUCCUCAGGUUUCAGUGUAUAGUUUCCUCUUCGAUGUUAUUCAUUUGUUGAUUGCGGAACUCGGGCAUGUUGUAUAUGUAUCGAUGAUCUUUCAAGGAUUCUAGGUUUAAGAAUGCUUCUUGUGAAACUUAUAUAACAUGUUUUGUUUUGAUAA